AUGUCGUUCAAAACGACAGCAACAAUCGCCUCCUUUGGCGGCAAGCUCCUCAAACUCACCCAUACCUCUAGCACCCUCUCCUGCGACAUGGCACUAAACCUCUACCUCCCACCCUCGGCCGAAUCCUCCACCCAAAAGAUCCCAGUGUUGUUUUAUCUAGCAGGUCUGACAUGUACGGGUGAUAACGGCGCCGAGAAGGGCUUCUUCCAGAAACGCGCCAGCGAAAAGGGCAUCGCUAUAGUAUAUCCCGACACCUCACCUCCCCCACCACGUGUUUACAAAGAGACUGGUCUUGAAAUUGGAAUUGGAAUUGAAAUCGCAGUUGAAAAUGAAAAGAAAUCGAAGCUGACCAAGAACAGGAGGACUCGCCAUCGAAGGCCAAGACGAAUCCUACGACUUCGGCACGGCGCCGGCUUCUACAUCAACGCAACCCGAGCCCCCUGGUCCAGCAACUACAAAAUGGAAUCCUACAUCACAUCCGAACUGCCCACGCAGCUCUUCGCAUCCUUCCCCUCCCUCGACAGCACGCGCCAAUCCAUAACAGGCCAUAGUAUGGGCGGGCACGGUGCGCUGACGCUCUUCCUCAAGAACCCGGGGCUCUACAAAAGCGUAUCCGCCUUCGCGCCCAUCUCGAACCCCGUCAACUGCCCGUGGGGCCAGAAGGCGUUCGCUGGCUACCUUGGGGAAGACAAGGACAGCUGGAAGGCGCACGAUGCGAGUGAGUUGCUGAAGGGCUACAAGGGGAAAGCGCCCUUCGAGACACUGAUUGAUGUCGGCACCGGGGAUAACUUCUACAAGCAAGGCCAGCUACUCCCGGAGAACUUCGUGGCUGCGGCGAAGGAGAGCGGGAAUGAGAAGGGGGUUGUGGUGAGGUAUCAGGAUGGAUACGACCACUCAUACUUUUUCAUCUCGACGUUCUCCACAGAUCAUGUAAACCAUGCUGCUAAACAUCUAUUCGCAUAG